AUGGGUGCGCGCGAGUCACGGACGCCAACGCCUCCGGAGAAUGUGCAGAUGUCACUGCGCAUUACCAACAACCUUGUCGAGGCCCUGCUGAACGCAGAGGGCGUGGCCGUGCCGGGUGGCGGCGUCGGCCGGGCGCGUCAGCAGCAGCAGGCCACGGCAGCCAAGGCCUCUGGAGCCAGUGGAGGCGGACCGAGGGCUUCCAGCAACAGCAACAGCAGCAGCAGCAGCAGCAGCAGCAGCCAGGGCAGUGCCAAGGGAGAUGGGCAGGCGUCGAGCAAGAGCGCGAGCCAGGCUGCCGGGGCUGGUGGGAAGUCAGGCGGCUUUGCUGCCGGCUUUGCGGCCGGGGCCGGGUCGGGUGCUGCAGCAGCCGACGGCGCACGUGCCCGGGCCGAGCCGGGGCCGGACUUUGGCGGACACGCGUCAGUGCCGCGGGCACGGUACAUGCAGGCUUCGCUGCCGUACGAGAGCACCGAGGUCCUGCUCCGCCAGCUAAGCGACGUCAAGGAGGAGCACGAGCAGCUGCGGAAGCAGCUGGCGGACGCCGCCGAGGCAGCCGCUGCCGGCAAGGUACAGUCGGCGGACGCAGCUCGCAAGCGUGCCGAGGCCGAAGCUAAACGCUUGCGGACCCGCCACGAGUCGGAACGGGCCCGCCAGGACGCCGAGCUGCGCAAGGUCUCGGCAUCGUCGGCCGCCGCCGCGUCGGCCGAGGUCGACGCCAUGGCCGCGCUCGAGGCCCAGCUGCAGCGCUGGCAGGGUGUCGACUCACUUGAUGCCCGCGACUUUAAGAACUCGCGUUGUCCCGACGCCCGCAAGGCGCUUGUGGACUGCUACCGUGCCGCAGGCCACGACGUCCUCGCCUGUGCCGCCGAAGUCGAGGCCUUCCGCAAGUGCGCCGCCACUCACGCAUAA